GUAAGUAGUUUUCCAAAGAGGAGACAUCCUCCAAGAAGCAAUCAACAAUUCAUAAUCCUCACAUGCUCUAACAGUGAGAUCAGUGUAGUCCUGUCCUGGCAGAAAGGCAGGACAGCAACAUUUGGUUGAUGUUUAUGUAGUAAUAUUCUCAUUUUUGACACCAUUGGUUGUCAAUUAGCCACACUAAUCACUGGCUAAUUAGUGGGGGUUGUCAAGUGGCUAAUUAGGCUAAUUAAGCUCAGUUGAGUAGUAGUAGUAGUAGAUGAGUGUGGAGUGGAUGCAAAAUGCAAUGAGCAGCUGCAGAUGCAGUGGUGGUAGUAGAAGAAGAAGUGAGGUGAAGGAGCUGGGUAGGAGACCAAAUCCAUCAUCACCACCACCUGACCUCACCAAAUUCCUCACACUAGCUUGUGUGGUGGUGCCUUGCCAUGUCCAUGUCCACCCACCUGCCCCCUUGCUUCUUCUCCCACCUCGCCUCCUCCCGCUGCGCUCUCCGAUGCCGCCGUCUCGCCGCCAUGGCCAUGGUGGUGCCCGCCUCCUCGUGUUCUUGCUGCCGGUGCUGCUCCUCCUGCGGACGGCGGCGUCGAACACCUUGUCCACCUUCGCCAUGGCCAAGGCGGAGUCCACGACGAUAGUGUGCGCGCUGCUGCCGUCGGCGGCGUCGCCGCUGCUCGUGGACCUCAAUUGCACGGAGGCCGGCGGCGACCACGAGCGGCAGGAGACGUACCCGUCGUCGCACCCCUUCUCCGCGCUCGCCGGCGGCGACCACUUCCUCUGCGCCGUCGGCCCGUCGGCGCUCCGCGCCGGCGACGUCGCGAUGCGGUGGUGGGAUCUGUCCAAGAACCGGACGAACACGCCGGAGACGAACGGGACGAAGGAUGGUGGCGGGAGGUCGAAGAGGGUGUAUCUCGGCCCGCCGAUCCAGGCGCUGUCCUCCGGUGGGUACCGUGUCUGCGGCGUGCUCUCCAGCGGCGAGCUCCACUGCUGGCGGUGGCGCGGGCUGAAGAUCCCCGACGGGCUCCGGUUCGUCUCCGUCGCCGUCGGCGACUGGUUCGUGUGCGCCAUCCAGGCGGCGCGGCCGGCGUCCAUCCGGUGCUUCGGCAACGACACGGAGGCGGUAAGCUCGGCGCCGGAGGGCGGGAGCUUCGACGUGGUGGCCGCGCACGGCCGCCGCGCGUGCGCGCUGUCCACGUCCGGCGCGCUCUCGUGCUGGGGCCACGGCGCGCCGCUGGUGGGCGGCGGCGAGGACGAGGCCACCACCGGGUACGCGGCGCUGGCAUUGGGCACCGACGGCGUCUGCGGGCUGCGCACCAACGGCACCAUCCGCUGCUUCGGCGACGGCGUGGCGCCGCCGCCGGACAGCCUCGCGGGGUUCCAGUACGUCGACGUCCAGGCGCACGGGAGCGUCUUCUGCGGCGUCCUCAUGGCGAACUACUCCCUCGUCUGCUGGGGCGGGCACGAGUUCAACGCCACCAACCGCCUGGUGUUCGACCGCGUCCUCCCGGGCCCGUGCGUGACCAUGUCGUCAUGCAGGUGCGGCGUCCUGCCGGGCUCGGCCAACCUCUGCGCCUCCGGUCGCUGCAUCUGCGUGGACUGCGCGUUCGAGCUCAACGUCGCCACGCCCAACGCGUCGUCGCUCGGCCCUGGCCCCGGCAAGAGCAGCAGCAAGCGGAGCAGGAUCAUCUGGGUCGCCGUCGCCGCGGGCGCGUUCCUCGUGCUGCUCGUGGCAUUGCAGUUCGCGCUGCUCAUGUGGUGUCGCCGGCGGCGGCGGCGCGGCAGGGGCGGGCAGGCGGACCAAGCGGCGGCGAUGUCGCUGAUGCUGCCGCGGCAUGGGUCGAGCAAGGGGCCGGGCAGCGUGGUGGAGCAUUUCGCCCUGGAGGCGCUCCAGGCGGCGACGGACGGGUUCUCCGACGAGCGGCGGAUCGGGUCGGGGAGCUUCGGGUCGGUGUACCGCGGCACGCUGACCGACGGGCGGGAGGUGGCGAUCAAGCGCGCCGAGGACCAGGCGAAGUCGUCGAGCUCGGCGGCGAGGCCGGCGCGGCGGCGCGACAGGGAGACGGCGUUCAACUCGGAGCUCACCGCGCUGGCGCGCGCCAACCACAAGAACAUCGUGUGCCUCCUCGGCUGCUGCGCCGACGCCGGCGAGCGCGUGCUGGUGUACGAGUACAUGGCGAACGGCACCCUCCACGACCAGCUCCACGGCCGGAGCCCCAUGGCGCCGCCGGUGUCGGCGUGGCGCGGCCGCCUCACCAUCGCGCUCGACGCGGCGCGCGGCAUCGAGUACAUGCACGUCUACGCCGUGCCCAACAUCAUCCACCGCGACAUCAAGUCGGCCAACAUCCUGCUCGACGACUCGUGGACGGCCAAGAUCGCCGACUUCGGCCUCUCCUCCAUCCUAGAUCCGGCCACCGCCGGCGGCGGCGGCGGCGGCGGCGGCGGCGGCGAGGGGAGCAGCUCGAGGCCGCUGUACACGGGCGGCACGGUGGGGUACAUGGACCCGGAGUACUACCGGAUGCAGCACCUGACGGACAAGAGCGACGUGUACAGCUUCGGGGUGGUGCUCCUGGAGCUCAUGUCCGGGUGCCGCGUCGUGCAGCGCUACGCCGAGAGCGUGACGCCCAAGAACGUGGUGGAGUUCGCCGUGCCGCACAUCCUCGCCGACGAGGUGGCGCGGGUGCUCGACCCGCGCAUCCCGCCGCCGACGCCGCACGAGGCCGACGCGCUCGCCUACGUCGGCUACCUCGCCGCCGACUGCGUCGGCCCCGUCGGCUGCGACCGCCCGUCCAUGACCGAGGUCGUCGACGCCCUGGAGCGCGCCCUCGCCGCCUGCGCCGCCGCGUCGCUCUCCCGCUCCGGCACCGUCACCGGCGCCGGCCGCCGCGCCCUCUCCCGCUCCGGGACAGACCAGUUUGACCUCACUGACACUGACUAGCCACCCAAUCCCGCGCCAUUGACGCCAUUGUCGCCGCCAUGCCAUCGCUGACGCGAUGUCCCUAUCGGCAUUGCGUCGUCGCCAUUGGAGUCGCGUGCUGCAGCUAGCUGGUCCUCGCGAAAGCAACGCCAUGGGGAAUCCAUGGAAUGGAGGAGAAGAAGAAGAAGAAACCAAAAGCGACAUCGACAUCUCCGAUGCUUCUGCUGCUCCUGCUGCUGCUGCUGCUGCGAAUUAAUGGCGGGAUUUCUUGGUGAGAUCAAUCUUCUCCAUCUCCAUGAUCACGAUGGGAUUGCAGACUCGUUAACAACUUCACAGCGACAUGGCACCGAAUCAUCCGAAUGAAUCGGUUGAAUGGAAACGAAAAAGGCCUGGCACGAUUGGGGGCAAAAAAAAAAAAAAACCCAUUCUUUCCUGAAAAUUUCUCUUCUUUUUUGUUCUUUCUUUUUUUUUCCCUGGCAGUGUGCACGAAUUGGCGCUGUGUUUGUUCUAUCUUUUCGCAAAAAAAGUUUUUCUUUUUCUCUUUGGUCAUAAGGAUUCUUUAUUGGUGUGUAUAGAUUAGUCACAAUUUUAGUGUUAGUAGGUGAGGAUUAGGGACGACAGUGUAUUUAUUGAUGUUUUCUUCAUGUGUUCAGACACUGCAAAGAUGAGAUUUUUAAGGCGUAAGUUGCCGGCACAAAUGCAAAGUUAAUGUGAAACACUCGAGUGCAUCCUCGAAACUUUUUUUUCCCUCUUGCAGCUAAAUUAUGACGACGAUUGGUAUUGUUUUUUGUACACAUUUGUGAGGUCAAAAAGGAGAAGGAAAAAAAAGAUGAACUUUUUUUGUGUA